AUGAUGAACCUCAAGAAAGUAGCCUUCUUUGCUUUGCUAAUCGUCCUCGCUGCUCAGGCGUUGGAGGGCAGACUUCAAUCUUGCAACCCGAGUGGCAAAAUCAGAGGAAAGAAACCACCUCCGGGGCAAUGCAACCAGGAAAACGACUCCGAUUGCUGUAAACAAGGGAAGCUCUACACCACUUACAAAUGCUCUCCCCCCGUCUCUGGAAGCACAAAAGCCGUUCUCACCAUCAACAGCUUCAACAAGGGUGGAGACGGAGGCGGCCCAUCAGAGUGUGACAAUCAGUACCACUCUGAUGACACUCCAGUCGUUGCGCUAUCAACUGGAUGGUACAGCGGAGGGAGCAGAUGCCUAAACAACGUAACUAUAAGUGGCAAUGGCAGGAGUGUGACAGCAAUGGUGGUGGAUGAGUGUGAUUCCACCAUGGGAUGUGACGAAGAUCACGACUAUCAGCCUCCGUGUCCUAACAACAUCGUCGAUGCCUCAAAGGCUGUCUGGAAAGCCUUGGGGGUUCCUCAAAGCAAAUGGGGCGGCUUGGAUAUCACAUGGUCUGAUGCUUAGUAACAUCAUUUGAUUCUUGAUGAUUUGUUAAAAUUAUGUAAGAAUAUGACCAUCUCUAUGUAUCAAACCAAGUUAAG